AUUAUUUGUCAUUAAAGAAAAUGAAUUAUUUUGUGGCUUAUUUCUGUAAUAUUUAAAAAAUUCUCGAUACACCCAGAAAAAGGUCAGUUUUGGAUGGCAAUAUGCACUUCAUUUGACUGAAUGGCAGUCUGAAUUUGUAUACACACAAACCUUAAUAGUGAUUAAGGCUAUUUAGAGAAAGUUCACAGCUUUCUUUAGGGAUGCAUUGAAACUUUGACUACCUAAAUGUUAUAAAUGGGUAUUUUUGGUUUUUGGCCAUAAGGAAAACAAAGGCAGAAAAUCUUGGCUGAAAUCUUUAACAGAAACUUACUUUAUAAUCCGACAUCAGAAACAUUAACAUGGAAAAAAAGACAAUCAUUUAAUGUGCAAUUAUCCUGGUUUAAUUCAAUUUAAUUAUAAAUGCAGACUGAUGAUAACAAUAUAUUUAUCUCUUUUUAAAGUAGCAUAGUAUGGAUUACCACAAGUGUAUUUGGACUCGUCCCUCAAAAUUCGCACUUAGAAUGGAAGUGAAUGGAGCCAGUUAUAUAACUCGUAUUGAACCCGGGAUAUUACUUUAACUGGUUCAAAUAGUUGUUUACAGAAUUGAGGAACUCUCUAGGGCUGAUAUAAAGGCUGUGAGCACAAACUGUUGUCCAACAAAUUUUAGUUACUGUGGUAAAAGAAAGCGCACCAAGACGUGACCAGACUACAGAGGCCCCUAAUAAAACAACACUAUUGCCAGUGUGCCUAUUGUCAUUUGCCAAGAAUUUGCCAUUAGCCCUUUAGAUUUAUUUAUGCAGACAGGAUGGCAUCAUUCUGUGUAUGUCAGACUGUAACACUGGGGUGAAAGACUUGCCCAGCAUCUUUGUUGAUGUUUGGGACUGGAUAACUGGACAUUUGGGAUGGAGGCUAUAUAGACAAGCAGCUUAUAAAAGAUUGUGAGUAGCAUAUUCCUGUAGCUUUUUGCAGGUUGACAAAUCAGAUUUUGAUUGGUUGUUUAUAGGUGCUUGCUCAAAAUCUCAAAAGUUUUCACUUUUGAAAUUCACUUUAAUUAUGGCUCGUCCCUUGUUUCAUCGUAAUGGUUGCUGGGACCCUCUCCAGGGCAUGACACAAAUACAAUUUUUUGACCAAAACACCAGCUGCCCCUGUUUCCUUGAACCUGAUGAGGUUAGCUGGAUUUAUUCAGCCAGGAAAAGAUUGGGCACAUCUACAUGGCCAGGAUCUAUGUACGUGCCUCUAUUUAGCUCAUUGUGUAUGGAGAUUCCACCUACAUCAUUUACUGGAUCCAAAGGACCAGUUUCCGAUGCCAUGUGUGAAAACACAAAAGGGCACCAAAACUGGAAAGUCUGUCUAAAUGUUAAUCCAUUUUCUUCUGAGGAGAUUAGCAUCAAAACCAUGGAGGGAUAUUUGGAGAUAAAAGGUAAUCGUGAGGAAAGGCAGGGAAAUCAUAGAUUAAUCUCCAGAAGCUUUACAAGAAAAUACAAGCUUCCAGUUGACUUAGACCUAAAACAGAUCAGCUCCAUGCUGUCUCCAGAUGGUACUCUCUCAGUGGAGGCCCCAUUACCAGGCUCUAAUGUCAGUCUCCCUGAAGAGAUUGUCAUCCCUAUUCACAUUAUGGAAAAACAGGACUUACCGGCAAAGUAACUCACAGUUAUCAGUUGUGCAAAUGAUUAAUAUUCAAAGUAAUUUAUGUGUUUUGUGAAACAAUUAAUAAAAUGGAAAGAUCAUAAACUUUUAUUUUCGACUGCUAACAUUAGAAAUAUUUAUAAAUACUAUUUUUGCAACAGACUAUGUAUAGUAUCAUAAAUCAUAACCCAAUUACAAACAUUACUGCAUACAGUAGUGUAAUUUUUGUGCUUUAUACAGAAUGUUCUAUGUUUUUGUUUUUUCUCAUGCUGAUUUAUAAAUGUUCAAAGAUGACUGAUCAAAAGCAACAGGUAAGUACUAAGGAGCUAAAGAAUGACUAGAGGUUCCCCAGUCUUAUGAAUACAUGUGAAAACGCUUCAGAGUUGGGAUAAUAUUGAGUAAUGUCGUUACAAUGCUGUUGUUUUUUAAGACUAGAGUUUAGAAUGGUGACAUCCGUCAAAAUAAACAGCAGCAAAAUCUAAUACCAAAUAUAAAUAAUUUUUAAUAGAUAGAUAGAUAGAUAGAUACUUCUCUUUUAAUUGCAUUAUUGUCUAAAUCUAAAGAGCUUCAGGUCACUUCCUCUAGGUGGUGUUGGUGCUCAACAUUAUUGUUGACACCAGAUGCUCUGUACUCUCCCCCACUGAGCAAACUGCUGACACAGGCAGUUAUGAAACCAACGCCUUCUUUGGUUUCCUACUUGAGCUGAUCAGAAGUAUGCACAAGUUUUCCCUUACCUUCUUAGUAAUACCUUGACUAUUUUUGAACAUGUUCCACAUAUUUCAUCACCUUUCUCUGGAUCAGUCAUCAGAUGGCAGGUCUCAGUUACACUAAGCAUGUUAAAGAAGGACAAUGAGUUUGUAAAUGAUCAAGAAUUUUGCUUAUGCUUUUACUCUUGUAUGAUUUAAUUGAGAAUGCUGUUCUCAGCUAUGUAAUAUGAGUUGGACAGCUGACUUAUCCUCUAUUAUAUAAAUACUAGAGAUGACCAUGUGUGCCGUUUCAGAAUUAUUAGCCAUGUUUGUGUUUUUUCUCCAUAUAAGAUUUUUUGCAAUGCUUCAACAACAACAACAACGACAACAAAAAGUAACAGGAUGUGUUUUUGUGUGUUAUCAGAAAGAUUAAUAAGCAUCUGGCACUAGGCUGUUAUAUUAUUAUCCUAUACAUUUAUUAGAAGUUUCCAUUCUAGGAGUUUCUAAUAUUUAGCCUAUCAUGUGUUAUUAGAAACUACUCAAGACAAUGUGUGUCAUAUCAUUGUUAGAUUAGAGUUUCUUGAUUUCUGACUUGUAUGUCUUUAGAAAAAUAUAAAAGUUAUUUGUACUGCAAAGUAUUUGUUGCUUGUAGCACUAAACAGCUUCUUCUCCUUCAGUUGUUAAUGUCUCAUUAUGUUCUCUUGAUUAUUUUACAUCAUAAUAAA